CGGUAGUAUUAUGCAUCUUUAAAUACAUGUAAUCAUCUCCAACUCCCACAAUGGAGACCCUACUAUGUAUUACACAUGUGACUUAAACGAUAACAUGCAUCUGAAAUUGUCAGUCUAUCAUCGUGUGCAUCAACGAACAGUCGGCAAUAUGAUAUGAUAUAGAAAGUGCUUUAGAUUGAAAUUCACGUAAGAAUACGGAUAAAAAAUGCGAGUGCCACCAGUGAUUUUCCCUUUGUUGUUCAGCCUGGCGGUUUGCCACGGAUAUCGCUUGCUUGGACUAUUUCCCUUUCAAGGCAAGAGUCAUUUUGUUAUGUUCGAGCAGCUGUUGAAGGGUCUAGCUCGAAAGGGCCAUCAGAUCGACGUGGUCAGCAAGUUUCCAUUGAAAAAGCCUUAUCCAAAUUACACCGAUAUCGUAACGCUACCAAUGCCAAUAAAGCUGGUAAACAAUAUGACAUUUGAUAUCAUGCGGCAAUUGUUCGCCGAAAAUCCGACGUACAUUGUUGCGACAAUGGCAGGAAACGAGCUUUGCGAAUGCUUGGAACAUCCAGAAAUAAAACAGCUAGCGCAACCGAAGAAUCCACCCUACGAUGCAGUUCUUAUAGAGGUUUUUGGCGCGCACUGUUUCGGUAUCAUUGCCCAUCUACUGAAGGUUCCUUUGAUUGGGGUCAGCACUACGUCGUUGUAUCCAUGGCUACCUUCACUGAUCGCUCAACCUGAGAGCCUGGCCUUCGUGCCGAGCAAUGUUUUAAGUUUCACCGGUCGUAUGAAUUUCUGGCAACGUCUGUAUAAUACGGUGCGCACGUAUUACGACAAAUGGUAUUUCAAUUAUCUCACGACACGAGAGCAAGACAAGAUAAUAAGGGAGCAGUUCGGGCCGGACAUGCCGGGCGUACGGGAAUUGGAAAGAAAGGUGUCGUUGAUCCUCAUCAACUCUCACAUCGCGCUAAAUGGAAUACAGCCGAAGACACCUGCCGCGGUGGAUGUAGGGGGGCUCCAUGUCCAGGAUGAGGAUCAAAUGUUGCAGCCUGAAUUAGAAAAAUGGAUGAAUGAUAGCAAAAACGGUUUCAUCUAUUUUACUUUUGGCUCGAUGAUGAUGAUUGAAACGUUUCCACCCGAAUUUAUAAGGGUGCUUUAUGUAUCCUUAGGCAAAAUAGCACCUACAAGGGUUUUAAUGAAGAUUCCGAGUCCGGAAAAACUGCCUCCCGGUUUGCCCGGGAACAUUUACAUGUCACCUUGGAUGCCGCAAAUUAAAGUAUUGAGACAUCCUAAUAUAAAAGGCUUCAUCACCCAUGGCGGACUCAUGGGCACGCAGGAAGCCAUAACGUGCGGUGUCCCCAUGAUCGGUAUACCACUCUUUGCCGAUCAGUUUAUGAACAUCGACGCGUACGUCGCCAGAAACAUUGCCUUGCGACUGGACCUUGACACGUUUACCGAAGAAAGGAUGGAUGCAGCUUUAAACGCAAUCUUAUGGGACCCUUUGUACAUGGAAAGUGCGCGGAACCUGUCCCGACAAUUCCUCGAUCGACCAUUGAAUCCUCUUGAUACUGCUGCUUAUUGGAUCGAAUACGUCAUUAAGUACGGUGAGGAUUCCCUGCGAUCGCCCGCGAUGGAUCUGAGCUGGUGGCAAUUAUCUCUCGUCGAUGUGAUUGGCUUUCUCCUGUUGUGCGCAACAAUUGUUAUCGCUGUAACGGCAUACAUUACGCGUUUCGUGCUGGGUAUUAUAAACGGAGAUAACAGUUCGUCGCAUUUAAAAAAGACGAAUUAGUCCAUGUUAAUUAGAUAUAAAUAGAUUGCACAUUUUGCCUACUAUUUAUAUCUUUGCGAAGAAAUUCCCCCGAAUUUGGAGGAAACGUUGUUAUCGUUUCUCUUAAAUAAAGAUUUUGUUAAGAAGA